CAUGAUGAUGGUAAUCGUCGAAGGAUGAUGCAGGGGGCGGCUGUCGACGUUGCCCGGUGAGGGUGGGUGAGUGGGUGAUUGUGCACCACCAUGUACCCAGCCAGUCGUCCCCGUACGAGUAAUUCCCACGGGAGAAUACACCUGGGCAUAUACAGUCAGUGGUAGUGGCAGUAGAACACUGGCUGGUACCUGUCACGUUGCUCGGGGCUAACUGCCAGCCGUCAUCCAUCCUGCCCUGCCCUGCCCUGUGCCGGCCCAGAAAUCCAGCUCGUCAGCGGCUGCAACCAUCUCCUCCUUCUUCUCCUCUCCCCUUCCCCCCCAACCAACAACAAACAACAACAACAACAACAACAACAACAACAACAACAACAACAACAACAACAACAACAACAACAACAACAUCCACCUCACCUCACCUUACCCGGCCGUCCCUCCGUUGUUGUGUGCCAGCAAAUGCGCCCCGGCUCGCUUGCGCCACCAUCUCUCCUCAGACGGCCAGUCCCCCCGCUGUAGCCUGUGGGCCACUGAGGGCGCGCCGCGUUCCAAGCCUGGGCCAGGGUGUCUUUCUUCUAGGCCAAUUUGACAUUCACUCGACUCUGACCGCCACCGCUCUCGCCUGCCUGUGCGCAUCUCGGGCCUCGCUGCUGCCCACGCUCGCACUGCACAACUCAUUCACCCACCUCUCUACCCACUAUCCACGUCUCACGCCGCCUUGCCCUCCGAAUCGCUGCACCAGCAUGCCCUUCGGCCCCGGGCCCCCACGCACUUCAUCCAGCCUUCCAUCAUGACCGAACCAACCGACGAUUCCCUUUCUUCCACCACCGCCAGCAUCGACUCUACAGAGCCUGCCUCCAGUGCCAGCACUACGCCCACAUCUGCUGCUGCUCAUUCGUCAAAGCCUUCUGUACCUGCCGCCGCUCCCGCUGCUGUCCCUGGUUCCAUGCGACAUCAGACACCUCUCAACGGCGCACGCUCGCUCAACGUGUCUGGCUCGCCGUCCACAUCCAACUCGCCCUUGUCAUCGCGGGACACUUCGCCGGCACGUACCAGUGCAUCUUCGUCAGCUGUUCUGCAAAAGUCAGGGCGCCUCUCGCGCAAAAGCAGCACCGACGUCAGCCCUAAUCGGGGCUCCAACCUGGCAGGAUCCAGCACCACCGUACCAUCCGCUGCUGCUAUCCAACGUGCUCUGUCGUCUUCCAACAUACCUUCUCUUUCGCCUGCCGCAACCCAGGACUCUUCGCGUCCUUCUAGGCCACAAAAGUCUGUGUCGGGGUCCAACUCUGGAGAGACCACACCCCAUUGGCCCAUCUCACCGCGUCUGAAGUCUCCGCCGCCAAACGAAGCUCGCUCCCGGUCGCGGAGAAACUCUCUGCGUUCCCAGCAAAAGAAACCAGAGGUGGCGCCCACGCCGUCCAUCGUCGUACAAAGCUCUUCGCCUGGCCCAGCAUCACGCAUUCCCGCCAAGGAUGAGACUGCAGUCGCUGAACCUGACGACCAAACCUCGAGCAUGAAAGCAGGAACCCGUGGAGCCAGCGGCAAUGCUCCCAAGCUCGAAACAGUCCAAGAAUCCAGUGUACCAACCACUCCUGGGCUGGAUGAGACCGAGGCUGAAAGUUUGUCGUCCACGCCGACAGCCCCAAAAUUCAAUGAUGAACCACGAAAUGACGUCACCUCUUCGAAAAUUACCGAAGACCUCAGCGCGAGCCUAUCCAAACCCGCGGAAAGCACUACCGACGCUGGUUCGAAAUCCGCCAAGGGCAAAAUGCAGGAAGCGCGAUCUGCUUCGACCCAACGCGCGCCCCUUUCAAAUAAACCGUCUCUCUCAUCUCUUUCUGCCAUCAGGUCACGGACCGAACCGCCUUUGCGAAACAUGACGGUCGAGACGGAGACGGUUCCGUCGGUAGCUCAGUCGACUAUCGGCAAUCAAGAUCGAUCAGCGUCAGGGCGUGUUGACGGUAGUCUCCGCUUGAAACCGAGCAACGAAACGAUACGACCAAAGAAAGAGAGGAAACAACCAAAGAGAAAAGCACCAUCCAUCAACGCAUCUUCCAAGGCAGAUGUCUUUGAACAGAAAGUUGCCACAGCGGUCGAUGAAGCCGAUUCGUCCGACUCUGAUGCUACCUUUAUUUACGAGUCCAACCCGCCCGAUCAACAGCCACACCGCAGCCGACAACAUCACCAUUCGCGCACCCCAAGCAUGACUUCCAUAGCCAGCCUUGUGGAUCCCAGACUUGUUAUACGCGAUGCACACAAGAACCCGAACAAGAAGAGUAGCAUGAAGUUUGCGAAUCCCUAUAACAACACCAACGGAGAUGUCGACGGUGAGCGUGGCGACGGGACCAUUCGUAUUGGCUCUGGCAGGAUCAGUGGUGGUAGCCAUCACCAUCACAUUGGCCGCCAUGGUCAAGGGCGCGGAGCUCUCAGCCACAUUAAUGUCGACAGUGACUCAUCCAUGCCACAAUCUUCGCGGGCACGUGGACCUUCCUCUCGCCAUCCUUCACAGCCAAAUAGCCCUAGAUUCCAGACGCCAAACUUCGGAAAUGGAACCGUUAACGGCAAUGGGUUAAAGAAACAUGGAGAAUAUUCAGCUUACGACAUCGACAUGGAAAAUGUCGCCGACGAUGAGCGGACGCCACUGAUUCCCUCGCGCAGUCCACGUGCGAGGACACCUCGUAGCAGGCACAAUGCCACGCUACGACAACGCGAACACCGGCACCGUCGCGGCGGUGGAUGGUGCCGACAAUUUGCUGGCUGUCUUGUACUCUGUAUUCUGCUUUUCGUCGUUGUAUUCAGUGCUGUUGGCCUAGUAUUUGCUACCACCAAACCAUUGGAGGAUGUCAAUGUUCGUGAGAUUCGUAACGUCAUCGCCAGCCCGGACGAACUUAUUCUGGAUCUUGUGGUCGACGCAGUGAACCCGAAUAUCAUAGGUGUCACCAUCACUGACAUGGACUGCCUUGUAUUCGCCAAGAGCAAACAUGUCGGCACAGACAAAUGGUGGCGCGAACAUGGAGGCGGUGAGCCCGAGAACAACGAGGAAGACUGGGCACCCAUCAAAGUAGACGAGGAGAAGGUUGUUGCUCGCGGCGGGGUGGAUCAUGGCACGGACCCGAUGCCUGAUCCCGAAGUUGGCGAGCCUCAGAUGAUGUCUCUGGGUAAAAUACUUUAUUUCGACACCCCGCUCAAUUUCGAUGGCACCUUCUUCAGACGGCAUCCUGCGGCCUCUACCGGCCAGAUUCGUCUUUCGAGGCCUGGCAACAAGACUGAGACUGGUGGUACUGAACGAUGGGAAGAAGUACUACAGUAUCAGUUCCAGCUUAUUGUUCGCGGCACCUUCAAGUAUCAGCUUCCUCUGAGUACCCGCGAACGCAGGGUUUCAAUCAUUGCCACCUAUUCAUACGAUCCCGACGCUGAGAAGAAGAAGUUGAAAAUACUCGAAGAGGAGAACAAGAGAUCAGAGAAUUUGUUUUCAACGCCUGUAUCAACAGCGACAGUAGGACGGUUCCGUCGUAGAGCCUUGCCGCUCGUGGGCCGGUCCUUCCCAUAA